AUGAGUGAUAAGGAGCCUCUGUUGAACGCAUCCGGUAAGUUGUCUUCCGGUGUUGAUAAUGAUGACAAUGAAAACAAGAAAAAAUCAUUGAGUAAAAGUUUGGAUGACUGGCGUCGAUGUUUCACUAGGACAAAAAGUGAAGGUAAAUAUAUAGAAUUAAAUGAAAACAAUGAACAUGAUGAAAAAGAUGAACCAGUCGAUAUUCUUCGAUUAUUUCAAUUCGCAAACACUUUUGAUUGGAUAAUGAUGUGUACUGCUAUGUUUUUCAUAAUAAUACACGCUGGUUGCAUCCUCGCAAAUCUAUUUCUUUACGGUCAACUCACAGGAUUAUUUGCUAUUGACUCUUAUGCUAGCAAUUGUAAUAAUUCAAAUCAAAAUGCAACAGCUUCUAUUCAUAGAAAGAAUGCAGUUCUUCAAGGCAUAGAGCUGCAAGCAUUCGGCAAUGCACAGUCUCAUAAACUACGAAAUGAUAGUGGUAUAAUUGCAUCAUCAGGCUUAUCUCGAUCGCAGUUUGUAUUUAGGGAUAACGUAAUGGCUCUAGUGUACUGGCUAUUCAUUAUUGGUGCUGUGGAAUUUCUGGUUUCAUCAAUAGAAAGUUUUCUUUGGAACUGGACUAUCAAAAGGCAGACAUAUCGUAUGAGUGUGUCACUCUUUAAAUCACUUGCACAACGCAGAAUUCCGUAUCUGGAUUCGAACCAAGCUACACAAUUGAAUGCAAAACUAUUUGAUAAUAUUGCGAAGAUUGAAAAAGGCAUCGGCAUUGAACUCUUAAUAUUGAUUGCAACGAUAACCGGCAUUUUUGGUUGCUUGAUCAUGUCCUUCGCAGUCAACUGGAAAUUAACGAUGAUUAUGUUAUUUUUGAUACCAUUGGUUAUUGGUAGUUCACUUGUGUUUUCUAAGCUCACGGCCAAUGAAACAGUCUAUGAAUUAAAGACGUACGCCAAAGCGGGACAAAUCGUUCAAGAAGCUUUUAGUUCACUGCGAACGGUUCUUUCUUUCAACGGCGCCAAAUUUGAGCAGAAACGAUAUGACAAAGAAUUGGCUCCGACUCGUUGGGGUGGCGUACGUCAAGGCGCUUUGUUCGGUGUUUUUAUUGGAUGGAUAUCUCUGAUAACCUACAUAGUUUAUGCAACUGGUUUCAUUUUUGGUGUUCUUCUGAUGACGGAAAAAAAUCGGAAAACUUUCACAAUUAGUGACAUUCUUAUUAUCGUCUCCAUCAUUUCGCAAUGUUUAGGUUUCUUCAGUUUUAUUGGUCCAUUCGUUCAAGCAUUUUCAGAAGCGCGAGGUGCAGCAGCAUCAGUGUUUCGACUUAUUGAUGAAGGAAAAGAUGAAAAUAUCAAUGAAGCAGAAGUUUGGGAAGAUAAUACAGAAUUGCGUUGUAACAUCAAUGGUGAUAUCGAAUUUCAUAAUGUUAAUUUUCAUUAUCCGUCUCGAAAAGAUGCACCAGUUCUAUGUAAUCUCUCUGUCGUUGCUCGUGCUGGACAGACAACAGCUCUCGUUGGUUCCAGUGGAUGCGGAAAAAGUACAUGCAUAUCACUUUUUCUUCGUUACUAUGAACCUUCAUCUGGUGAAAUUACGAUCGAUGGUAAGCCAAUAACAGACUAUAACGUUCAGUAUCUUCGUGAAAAUAUUGGCGUUGUUAGUCAAGAACCUGUUCUGUUUGGUAUGACUAUCUAUGAAAAUAUUCGUUUUGGUAAAUUAAAUGCAACACAAGAUGAAAUUGAAGAAGCAGCAAGAGAAGCAAAUGCACAUAAUUUUAUCAUGCAAUUACCAGAUGUUUGCAUUU